AUGGAGAAGGAAGGAGGGCUGCCGGAAGCGGGGGUUAUUAAUCAACCACUACCUUCGGAGGAGAAGAUUGAGGAAGCUUCAAGAAAGAGCGCCCUGGCUGUUUCGGAUUCUAAGGAAACUGUUCAAACAGAAUCCUAUGAGGGACCCAUCAGGGUUGCUUUGGAGGAAGCGGUGGCAGAGAAGCAGCCUGAAAUGGAUGAGGAGGAGAAGAAGAAGAAGAAGAUCAAGGAGAAGAGGGCAGAAGGUGAUGAAGAAGCCUGGCCAAGGAAGGAGAAAAAAGAAAUAAAAAUGAGUGAGAGGAGGGAACGCAGGCGAGAAAAGGAGCGCUUGAAGAAGAAGGGAGAGAAAAGAAAAAGGGCUGAGAGCCCAAAAGUUGACGGAGAAUCCACCACCACAAGGGCUGUCUCUUAUACACAUCUAGAUGUGUAUAAGAGACAGGUUGCGGGCACAACAAAUCAUCGUAGAAGGCGAUUUAAGAAGAAAAUUACAUGA